AUGGUGAUUUUUUUUCAUGUGAGGUGUUUUGCUCAUAUCCUAAAUCUGAUUGUGAGGGAUAGAAUUGAGAAGGCUAAGAGUUCAAUAUUGGCUCUUAGAGAUUAUGUGAAAUAUGUGAUUAGUUCCCCAUCUCGAUUGCAAAUGUUCAAAAAAUGUGCCGAGGAGGAAAGAGUUUUGGGUAAGAGGGCUUUGUGUUUAGAUGUACAAACACGAUGGAAUUCAACUUAUAUCAUGUUAAACAAUGCAAUUGAAUAUCAAUUAGUAUUUGAGAGAUUGGAGGAGAAGGAUGUGUGUUUCAAAAUUGAGGUUAAGAAUGUUAUGACGGAGGAGGAUUGGAUGACAGUUAAAAGUCUUCACAAGUUCCUUGAGAACUUUUAUGUGAUAACAAAGCGUGUCUCCGAUUCCAAGUAUGUGACUUCUAAUUAUUUCUUUCUUGAGACCAAUAGGAUUCAAGCUCUUCUCUUGAGUUGGGAAAAUCAUGAGAACGAGUUCUUUUCUAGCAUGGCCAUGAAAAUGAAAUUGAAGUUUGAGAAGUAUUGUAACAUCGAGAAGAUUAAUCCUUUGUUGAUUGUUGCUGUGGUUUUAGAUCCACAUUACAAGUUGAUGUAUGUUAAGUUUUCUUUCACAAGAUAUUAUUCCAUUAGCGAUGUUGAUGCUAUGAUUGAAAAAGUGAAGCUUAUCAUGAAGCAACUUUAUGAGCAUUACUCCACCUCUGUGUUAGAAUCUAUGGAAAAUGUGGGUCUCUCCAAAGGAGGAAAUGAUGUUAGAAUGGAUGAUCUUGGGAUUUCAAGUCUUAGGGUUGAUAUGCAUAAACAAGAUUGGCAUCAAUUCUUGAAAUCUGAAGCAACUGUGGUCAUUAAAUCCGAGUUUGAUCGUUAUUUGGAAGAUGGGGUUGAAGAGGAGUUCGAACACUUUGACAUUUUAGCUUGGUGGAAAAUGAAAGCUUCUACAUAUCGUGUGGUUUCUCUUAUAGCCCGUGAUAUUUAUCCAUUCCUAUAUCAACUGUUGCUUCAGAAUCGGCAUUUAGCACCGAGGGUCGAGUACUUGAUCAAUUUCACAGUUCUUUAA